CCCUCCCUGAGAGAGAGAGAGAGCAAAAGAGGGCCGAACUUCCUCUUUUAAUGGAGAUUAAUAUGGUAGUCGAAGAGCGAACUACAAGAACAACAGCGGUCAGGCUGGCUUCUUCUAAGAUCUGAAAUCCUUUCGAUUCCUUAGAGAUAUCUUUCCCGCGGCCUACAUCGUUGAUCGGCGAUGAGGUUCUUCAACGAGUUGCCUCCGAUGGAUUUCCUCCGUUCGGAGAAGAUGAGUUUCGUGCAGCUCAUAAUCCCAGUGGAGUCUGCGCACAGGGCUAUCACCUACCUUGGCGAAAUCGGCCUCGUCCAAUUCCGAGAUUUAAACGAUGAUAAGAGUCCAUUUCAGCGAACUUUUGUUAAUCAGGUAAAGCGUUGCGGUGAGAUGUCACGGAAGUUGAGGUUUUUUAGUGAUCAGAUAAACAAGGCCAACCUUGCAAUUUUGGCUCGCCCAGCUUUGCAACCAGAUGUUCAUUUAGAGCAACUAGAGGUUCUACUGGGUGAGCAUGAGGCUGAACUUCUUGAAAUGAAUACAAAUGGUGAAAAACUGCAACAGACAUAUAAUGAACUUCUGGAGUUUAAGUUGGUUUUGGAGAAGGUUUACAAAGCUAAUCCAGAACCAUUAUACUUUCAGCAUUUUUUUAAGAUAGGAUAUUUCUCGUACUGA